AUGACCUCUUUUACAAAUUAUUUGAAAUCAAGGCUUUUAUGGAGACCGCCCGUUGAGGCUGAUCCUCGUGAAUUAAGCAAACGUCAUAAACUUGCUAUUCUUGUCUGCCUUGCGCUCUGCGGCAGCACAGCUGGUUUCGCCAGUACUAUCUAUUUUCCAGGUCUUCCAGCCAUCACAGCAGAUUUCAAUGCUCCUGCCAUUGCGACCACUUUAACAGCUGCGUUCUAUGUACUAUUUAUGGGCAUGGCACCUGUCGUUUGGGCUGCUUUGUCUGACGCUCUUAGAGUACGUCGCUUUAUUUUAUUGCUUGCUAUCAUUAUCUUCACUGCGGCAAGUAUUGGUGCAGCUUUUGUCAACAAUAUAUGGGGAUUGUUAGUACUCCGCAUCGUUCAAGCAAUUGGUGCAUCCAGCGGAUUUUCUGUGGGUGGAGUGUGUAACUUUACCAAUUUUUAUGUCAUCCUUUUCUCUUUAUCUAUUGGAUCAAAAUUAGGUAUCAUUGCUGAUUGCUACCCCAUUGAAGAGCGCGGUGCCGCUUUCGGCAAGUUUUACUUUGGUGUCUUUAUAGGUCCCUUGGUCGGUCCUAUUCUGGGAGGAUUUUUGAUUAUGAGUCCCAUGAGUUGGAGAGCCACUUUCCUGUUCAGCUUCGCGUUUGGUGCAUUUAUCAUCCUCUGUUUGUUCUUUACGUGUCCCGAAACAUUCCGUGAUGGUCAAAUAUGGGAUAAUCUGAAGCUACCCACCAUCUCCAUUGUCGAUUCUUUCGAUCCCAAAGCCUAUGGUUUACGUGUUCCGGAAGAGGAUUCUCUGCGUAGGAACAGUCGCCACAGUAUGGACUCAAACACUAUCACCCAUGAAGAGAAAAAGGUGGCUGAAGAAGCCGAAUAUGCUCAUGCAAGCAAUGAUGUCCAUUUAAAGAACUCAACUGCCCCUUCCUUCGAACAACCGCAGCAUCCACUGGACGCAAAAACAGUGGUAGGCACUGAAAAAAAGAUGUUAUCAAAUCCUUUUGCUGGUGUUACACUUUUGCGACACCCUUUUAUUCUCCUGUCUGCUCUAGUUUCUAGCUUUGCUUUCGGCUCCAUGUUUACUAUAGAGAGUCUGAUCCCUGGCUUAUUCGAAGAAAACUAUGGAUUCAUCUCAUGGCAGACAGGGCUCAGUUUCCUCGGCGCAGGUGUUGGUAAUGUCAUUGGUUCUAUCUGUCAAAGUGGCCUAUCCGAUAGGCUCUUGCUUCGUUCCCGUCGACUUCGUGGUGGUGUGGCAGAAGUGGAAGACCGUCUCACACUCAAUCUCUGGCCUGCUUCCAUUUGCGUCCUGUUCGGUUGCUUACUGUGGGGGUGGAGUAUCGAAAGUCGUAUGACUUAUUGGGCUCCUAUUGUGGGAUUUGGUAUCAUGAAUUUCGGAAUGAAUCAAUCCAUGACCGCCACAUCAGCCUAUAUCGUCGAUGCUGUCCCUGGGUCUGCUGCUGCUGCUGCCUCUGCUGCAUCUAAUCUGUUACGUAUGGUCUUUGCAUGUGUAUUGACCAUUAUAGCAGAGCCUUUGAACAAAGCAGUAGGACCCGGUUAUACCUCUCUCCUGCUGGCCGCAUUGAACUUGUUGGGUCUCCUAUGUUUGGUCGUCGUGAAAAUCUGGGGACCUCAAAUGAGAAAAUACAGUGGAUACGCCUAA